AUGACCGGCGCCUACUACCUGGUCUCAAAUCAAAACUUACGAAACUCAAUGUCCAUAGAAACCCUUCAAGACGAAGCACUUUAUCUUUCAAAGAACCUUGCUCAUGUUGUGCAUACCAAACAGAAACAAAUUAUGAUAAAUGUAUACAAGGAUAUCCUCAUCACAGAACCCGAUAUUACUUAUGAAAAUUUAGUGAAAAGGGUGUCUAUAGCAUGUGGCAUUGGAGUACUAACAGUCAAAAACACAAUCAGCGAAUACAAGCGUACGGGCAAAGUAUCCUCACCAAUGAAUAAAAAGAAAAGACCUACUGUAAUAGAUAAAGUUGACGAUUUUGACAAAGAUGCAAUUCGUCAAAAAAUCCAUGCAUUUUGGUUCAGACGAGAAAUUCCGACAUUAACAAAAAUAAUACAAGUAGUAAACGAUGAUCCUGAUCUUCCAAAUCUAACACGUACGUCAUUCCAAAGAUUGUUAAAGAUCAUGCAAUUUGAGUACACAAAAAGGGACAGAAACAGUGCUCUUACCGAAAGAGAGGAUCUUGUUACUUGGCGGCGCAGUUAUAUUUCUGACAUUCGACGUUAUCGAGAGGAAGGCCGAACAAUUUAUUUUUUGGAUGAGACGUGGGUCAAUGCUGGAGAUUGUUCGUCAAGAGUAUGGGUCGACCAAACAAUACAAUCACACCGAGAUGCUUUCCUCAGAGGCUUAACUACAGGGUCACGUAAUCCAACAGGAAAAGGCAAACGGCUCAUUGUGGUUCACAUCGGGUCAGCUGAGGGUUUCGUCGCAGGUGGUCUUUUGUGUUUUGAAUCAAAAAAAAACACAUCUGACUACCACGACGAAAUGAACGGAGAUACAUUUUUCGAAUGGUUCUGUGGCGUUUUACCUUUAUUAAAAGAGAAUUCGGUAAUAGUUAUGGAUAAUGCACCGUACCAUUCGGUGAAAACAGAACAAUCACCUACCUCUGCUUGGAAAAAGGCUGCCAUAGUUGAAUGGCUUGAAUCCAAAGUCGUAGAGACCAACCCAUCCAUGAUCAAAUUUGAUUUGUUAAAAAUUGCCAAAAAACAAAAAAAAAUUGUUCUACGUUUACCUCCAUACCACUGUGAACUCAAUCCCAUUGAGUUGGCAUGGUCGGUAGUAAAAGGACAUGUGAAGGCAAAUAACACAACAUUUAAGAUAAAUGACGUUCGGCAAUUAUUAAACGAUGGUAUACAAAAAGUGACACCUGAAAUGUGGUCCAAUUUUGUUUCACACACAAUAAAAGAAGAGGACAAAUUGUGGCAGAUAGACUAUAUUUCUGAUGAGAUGUUGGACGAAGAACCGACAUCGCACGUGUUAACUAUUACUGGAUUGACGACUUCUGAUUCAAGUGAUUGA